CGCAGCUGUAUGUGUCAGUACAGUGCCCAAUUCAUGUCUCGAAGCAAAACACGAUGAGUGUUUACAAUGUGCUACGCACGACAGCUCGUUUGAACUCGCCUCGUUGUCAUCGUUGUUGCUGCGAAUUACAGAGCUCGGCAUGAACGUCGUCCGCAUCAACUCGAAAAAUGUCUUCUUCAUACUGAUGGCAAUACUGUCGACGUCGGUGAAGCAAGCACAACUGGGACAUGGCAGUUCCCAGACGAACUUCGGCUCGAACACGACGUCGGCGUUCGAGCACAAUUGGGUUGGUAUAUUACCGAGCACCAGUCCAUCACCAGUCAUCCUCAUAUUUAGCGACUCCACGGCUGUGGUAUGUCCCGUCGACAAGCAGUGCUCCGAACUUCACGUGGACUGUCUGAUUUGUCCUAUGAAGGAAGACUGCAUCUACGGUGCGACCUACACCACCAAUUGUUCAGUGAGGGAACAGGUCGACUGUGUGGGUAAUAAGAAUUUCACAAAAACGUAUAUUUGUCGAUAUUGCUAUCAGACCGAACCUUCAGAACAUAAAUGUUUGAAAAAAAAUGCUUGCAAUUCUGUUGCUUCGCCAAAACAGUAUUACCGUUCCAAUUGUACAGUAUAUGGUAAUAUAUUAUGUUUGGGCAACAGAAUAUUUAACAAAAAUCUACCUUGUAAUUGGACUAGUGGAUACAGAUGGUCCACAGCUCUUAUAUUGAGUAUAACGCUGGGCGGUUUUGGUGCUGACAGAUUUUAUUUGGGACAUUGGCAAGAGGGUAUUGGUAAACUCUUUAGUUUUGGUGGUCUUGGAGUGUGGACAUUAAUAGAUGUUAUGCUAAUAUCCAUGAGAUAUUUAGGACCCGCUGAUGGUUCAUUGUAUAUCAAAUGAUGUAAUAGUUAAAAUAAUUUAUGUAUUAUAGAUGUUGCAAAUACUGUAAAGAAAUAAUGUAAUAAUGUUUCCUAAUUCAUUUUUUAUUAAAUUUAUAAAAAAUAGUUUUCAAUAAAUGUUAAACUGAUCUUUU